AUGACGGCCGAAGAAAGCCACGCGCAGGCCGAACGCAUCCGCGCCUUCAUGAAGCAAUAUGGCUGGGGGCUAUGGGCGGUGGAAGUGAAAGGCGGCGCGCCCUUUAUCGGUUUUGUCGGGCUGGCGCGGCCGGGCGACGACCUGCCUUGCUCCCCCUGCGUGGAGAUCGGUUGGCGGCUGGCGGCGGCCCACUGGGGCAACGGCUACGCCGCUGAAGCGGCACGCGCUGCGCUGGCGUGUGCCUUCGACAAGCUGCACUUGCCGGAAGUGGUGUCCUUCACCGCCGAAAACAACCAGCCGUCGCGCCGGGUGAUGGAGCGCAUCGGCAUGCACUUUGACGGCGAAACCUUCCUGCACCCGCGCCUGCCGGCGGGGCACCCGCUGCAAAAACAUGUCUUGUACCGCUGA